GAAGUUUUAUACAUGGACUUUCGCCGGCUGCAUCCACUUUUGCGACUCCCUGCUCGUCCACUUUUGAGUUUUUGCAGAGGGGUCAAUAUCUAUGACGACGAAAUGGAUCAAAUAGCACGACCCGAUUGGCAUCUCAUUAUGGAUGGGAAAUAUAAUAAGGGUCUUGCGUUCACCAUCAAGGAGCGACAACGUCUAGGCAUUAUGGGGUUAAUGCCCUGCUCCGUGCGCUCCAUUGAGGAUCAGAUGGAGGCGGCCAGGACGAAUUUCGAGGCCAGACCCUCGGACAUCAGCAGGUUCACCUAUCUGAGUGCCGUUCACCAUCGCCACAGACGACUGUACUACAGGUUUAUCAGGGAGAAUAUCGAGAGGGUGCUGCCCAUAGUUUACACCCCCACGGUGGGUGAUGUGGUGGCCACCUAUGGACUGAACUUCCAGCAUGCCACCAGCUUGUUCAUCAGCAUCCACGACAAGGGUCACAUCCGGGAUCUGAUGCACAAUUGGAUUGAUGAUGGAGUGCGGGCCAUUUGUGUGACGGAUGGAGGAAGGGUCCUUGGCCUCGGCGAUAUGGGAGCCAAUGCUAUGGGCAUUAGUCUGGGCAAGAUGAUCCUCUACACGGCACUGGGUGGCCUUCCGCCCAGCACUCUGAUGCCAGUUUGCCUGGACGUGGGCACCGAUAAUCAGUCCCUGCUCCAGGAUCCCCUUUACGUGGGGUCCCGCAUUCCGAGGGUCAAAGGUCCCGAGUACGAGGAAUUGGUGGAGGAAUUCAUGCAGGCGGCGGUCAAGUGCUUUGGACACACAGUCUUCAUCCAUUUCGAGGACUUUGCCACACCGAACGCUCUGAAGUUCCUGGACAAAUAUCAAUACAAGUACUGUUGCUUCAACGAUGACAUUCAGGGAACCGGGGCCACUGGACUGGCUGCCUUCAUCAAUGUGGAAAGAAUCACGGGCCUCAAAUUGGAGGACACAGUUUUCGUUUUCGUGGGAGCUGGAAGUGCGUCCCUGGGAAUCGCUAAUAUGUUGGUCAUGGAACUGGAGGAGCGGGGUAUUUCCUACGAGGAGGCCACCAAAAAUAUCUACAUUAUGGAUGCCGAUGGUUUGCUAACCUGCGAGAGUCCAAAUGCGCCGGAGCAGGCCAAGCGAUUUGUUAAACCCAUGGAGCCCGUCAAGGAUCUAUUGGCAGUGUUGGAGAAACUGAAGCCCUCUGUCCUGGUUGGAGCCACUGGCAUUGGAGGACUCUUCAAUGAGCAGGUCCUGAAGACCAUGGCCAAAAACCACGAGCGUCCAGCUGUUUUUGCCCUCUCGAAUCCCACCACCAACUCGGAAUGCACCGCCGAACAGGCCUUUACACACACUGAGGGUCGCGUUCUUUUUGGUUCCGGAUCGCCUUUUCCGCCAGUGGUCAUCAAUGGCAAGAGGUAUACCCCCGCCCAGGCCAACAACUGUCUGACUUUUCCGGGCAUCGCUUUGGCUGCCAUUACCGCGAAGGCCCGAUAUCUUCCCAAUUCUGUGUUUUCCGUGGUGUCACACGAACUGGCCAGGAACACCACCCAGGAGCAACUGGAUGCAGGCACCUUAUUUCCAGCCAUCAAGGAUGCCAGCAAGGUGGCCUUCAAUGUGGGUGUGGCCUUGGCUCAAUAUCUUUUUGAUAAUGAUCUUUCGAAUAUUUACCCCAAGCCCGAUGAUGUUUGUGAGUUUGUGAAGAAGUCCCUGUACACGUUUGAGUACCAAAACUCGCUGCCAGCCACCUGGGAUUAUCCCGAACAACCGCCAACGCCGCCGGCGAAAACUCAACCCGAAAUUGAUCCCCAGGAGAAGAAGAAAAAUGAGUAAACUUAGCCGGGAUUUCUCCCAGGAACUACUGACCUGCUUUUUAGCUGUGAAUAAAAUCCAGGGUAAUUAGUGGGAAAUAGAAGAAGGCACAGGACUAAAGACACAUACACUGCAAACACACACACACACACAAACUGGCACGAUAAAUGCCCGACAUUUUAACGUUAUUAUUGUCCUGUCAACGGGAAGCCAGUUGACAUGCUCUUGCGCCUGUGUGUGUGUGUGUGAGUAUCCUGCUGAUUUGCAUAUAA